UUCACCUCACCUACGACUGUAGGAGCAACGACCAAGGCAUCAUUCUUGCAACCACGCAAGCCCUUGUGGAGGAUCGUUUCGGCAGCAAACAUUCAGUGCGAGUGCUCAUCGAUCAGGGCUCGCAAGUCUCCAUGGUGACUGAACGACUCGUCCAACGACUACAGCUGACCAGGACUCACACACCUACGUCCCUCUAUGGCAUAGGUGGUCAACUGGAUACUAGUAACUGGUCAUACCUUCACGAACUUGAACUCGCUGAUACGAACUUCUCGAAUAAUACUCUGAUUGACGUCCUGCUAGGAGCGGACGUCUACACGGCUCUCAUCCAAGAGGGACUUCGUAAGGGGGACAUUAACCAACCAGUUGCUCAAAAUACUAUCUUUGGCUGGGUAUUGUCUGGUUCCAUGGGUGACGCACGUUCCAAAAUGGUCGUCCGAUCAUACCAAGCCUCGAUCGGCGACGCGCUACUGUCUCUUGUGCGUCAAUUCUGGGAACAAGAGGAAUUACCCAGUAAUAAAACUAUUAUAAUAACUGCCGAACAAGAAUCAGAAGCUGACUUUCGAUUGUCUCGGACUGCAGCCUACGGAGCCCUGAUGCGCUUAGAGAUGAAAUUCCAAAGCAAUCACUACCUGGAAAAAUUAUACAAGGAAUUCCUGAAUACUUAUGAGGAUCUAGGCCAUAUGACUCUCGUUCCCAAAUCUAUAAACUCAAAAAACUGUUUCUAUUUACCUCAUCGUGGUGUUUUCAGGGAUUCCAGUAAAACGACUAAACUUAGGGUGGUGUUUAAUGGUUCGUGGAGAUCAGCGUCAAUGCUUUCGCUGAACGAGCUACUCCACCCUGGACCGAACCUGUUACCGAAUUUAUACGAUGUUUUUCUCCGUUGGCGAAAAUAUCAAUUCGUCCUGGUGGCUGAUAUUGAGAAAAUGUACAGGCAGAUUCUCCUACAUCCUGAAGACAGAGAUUACUAA